CGUACAUACUGUGAAUAUUUUCACAUUUUCCGUGACUUUUCGCACGUAAUUUGAACAUUUAUGAAAAAUAUUUUUAUUUACUGUGUAAAGUAGUGUUAAAGGAUUACUGUGAUAUUCUAAAUACUGGAUCGUUCACAAUAACGUAGAUUUUGGUGAGUGCGUCAGUCAGUGAUGGGGGUGUCACGCGGACGCAGCUCGGCGGCGAGAUGAGCGCGCCGCCCUCGGCCGCCGAGGCUCUCUCGUCUCUGCUGUGGCAGCCCUACGAUUGUCGCUCGCCGCCUUUCUCGCGCUCCCGCACGGACGGCGCUCUCUCGCGCGCGGGCGUGUGGUCCGUGCAGCUGGCGGGGCACCAGUCGCCCCCCGGCGGUCGACAUGCGCGCGCGUCGUUCCACGUUCCCUCCCGCCACGAGAUGCGGCUGCCCGUGCCGGCGCCUCAGCUGCGGAAGUCUGAUUCUGUGUCCGUCCGAGUGCCCGGCGAGCCCAGCGAGUGCAAUGUGAACAUAGUGCAGGUGCAGGCUCCCGGCAUGCCCGAGCCGGACGCGGGGCGCAGUGUGGUGAGCGCCGAGUGCCAGACGGAGGAGCCGGCCCGCCGCCGACGAGCUCGUCGUGGACGUCCGCCCGCCCCACCGGCCUGUGCGCCUCCGCCGCCCUACACCACCCUGCCGCACCUGCACGCCAUGCCCGUGCCGGUGCCGGUACCUCAACCUGCGUCCGUCAUCACACCGCAUCCGCCAGCACCGAGGUUCCCCUUCCAGCCAGUUCCACUCAGAUCAGGAAGAGCGGCUGCAUAUGCGUGUUCAGAAGGUGAAGGGAACCCGCCGAAGUCGUGCUGCGGGAGACCGCCGUUGAGAUUGUGCGUGCUGUUCCUCGGAGUAGUGGGGGCCUGCCUGGUGGCGGCGGGGGCGGUACUCGGAGCUCUCAGACCUCAUCCCAAAGCACCGCUCACGUUAUUACUUUUAAUGAUAGGAAUAGGGGUGGUAUUGGUGACGGCGGCAGGUCUGGCGUGGCGGCUGGGAGCCCGCGACGCGCACUGUGCCCUGCUGGGGUUGAGGAGAUCCUCCUGCAGGCGCCUGGUGCCUCGGCUGCCCCCCAGCUAUGCCCGGCCUCACCACCCGUACGCCGCCAUGCUCUAUCCAGAGUUCCAUUACAGACCCCCACCGCCUACAUACCAAGCGUCUAUGCAAGAGUACAGGCUCAGGUUACUUCUCCUUGACAGAAGUGCGCCCGCGGUAUCACCGCCGCCGACCUACAGAUCAAACUCAGCAAGUCUAGUCAGAGGCACAACAGGAGCAACAUGGUGUGGGUCUGAAUACAGCGGUCCCCCCUCGUACCGCGCCCCUCGCACCGAUCCGCCUCUCGUCACAGACAACCCCCCUCUGCCCACCGACGACCUGAAGUACGCGGACAACACCAUACAGUCCCUGCCGCCAAACGAACAGGAGAAAGACCCGGACGAGCACCUGGUGACCAUCGUGCACACCGACCAUCAGCCCGUGAUCGUCACCGUGUCUGGCUCCAGUGCCCUCAACGACACCCUCACGCCACCCACGGAGAUCGACAUCCUCGCUCACUUAUAAGAACUCACUUAAUGGAGUGGACAACGAAAGGACUUUCGAGUGUUGUGAACAACUAUUAAGCAAACGAUCGAAGAUUGGGACGAGUGCUUUCAAAUAGAAAUUCAUUGGUGCCCUUUUAUGAAGUGAUUUGUGUGAUGUAUCGUUUAAGGAGACAUAUGAUUGAGUAUUUACCUAACAGGAGACGACUCGAGUGUUAUCCUCUGUAUUCUAAUGUUGUAUCAGAGGGCGAGAUGAUUCACUUGAUCGUAUGUGUGCCCGCCCAGUGGUUUCUCAACUUCAACUCUUACAUCAGAAAUGAGUAGAAAGUAAAAAAAUAGACAUCAAAGGUUAGCGCAAUCACUAUAAGCUUAUUUUAUUCUGUGUACAUUUAUAUGUAAUGUCUUGUAUAAAUGAUGGCCCAAACAAGUGACAUCAACAGUCUUACUUUCAUUAUGUCCGUCUGAUACAGAUUAUCGCUAAAAGAAUGCGGUUUUUGUGCUCUGCCAUACAUGUCAUCUCCUUUCACGUAAAAACUAGCAGUAACUAUAAUAUUUAAUCACAAAAUUACGAAUUACAUGUCCAAUUAGUUUGUUUCCAGCACUUUAUAUAUGUAGAUAUUAUUGUAAAUAAAACUGUUUUCGUGUUAAUUUAACGUGCCGUGUAUAUAAGAUACAAAUAUAAAUAUAGUAUUAAUACUAAACUAUAAUCAUUGCGAAAUAUUAAUACCAAAACUCACCAUAACGUACAACUUGUUUGUAACAGCUAAUGUGCCUAUACCUACCCAACGGUAUGAAUCUUCGUAAAUUAUUCCAAAUAUAUUUAGGUAAGUUUAAUUAAGGUCAGUUGUUAAAAAAACAUUUUAAAAUAUCAUUUACAUUUAAUUAUCUUACAUUAUACUUUUGUAAUUGAAAUGAUGCAGUUGAAAUUUUAAAAAAUGCAAUGUUUUUUCAAAAUUUAUAAUGUAAACAAAACCCAGUGUGUUUUAGGAUCACACGACAGAUAAAUUGAAAGCUUAUAAUGAAAUAAAUGGGUGGAGUAAAUCACAAAUAUUUAUUUCUGUUUGAUAUUCAUAGCAAUUGACUGAACCUAAACAACUGUUACGUAGCCUAGUGUGACAGCUCAGUCAUACCGACAAAAUAGAAUCCUCGGAGUGCCUAAAAUAAUUUUCCACCUCAUUAACAAGAUAGGUUGCGAUCCACAUCUAUCCGAAGGUAUUUAAGUUAAGGGCCUUUGAUGGUAGUUGUGGAGUUAUAAUAAACUUCAUGAGUGAAUAAAAACAAAAGAGUAAUGUCGCUAUUUAAACAGAAUAUAAUGAUUUCUAUAAAACCUAAGAUUUAUGAGUAUUUAUUGCGUUGUUAGUAGUUCCAUAAUAGUUUUUAUUUUUAUUUAAUUAACUAUUAUAGUGGUGAGUUAUAUAACAGUUUUGUAAUAGUUAUUCAAUCACAUACAAUGUACCUUUUGACGUGUUUACAGUUUGACGAUGUAGUUACUAGAUUGCUAAAGUUGUCAAGAGUAUCGUUAAACGUAAGUUAUCGUAUUAAAUUGUAAUAUUAUAGAUAUUAUGAGACAUCUCUCAUAGAUGUGUAAAUAACGUUAUGUGUAACAUAUAAGAAAAAUAAAAUCUUUACCUAAAAA